CUGCCUCCUGUGAACGAACCCCCGAACGCGACAGCCAUACUCGACCAAAUGUUUGUGAAUUAUGACCAACGGCUCAGGCCGAUGUAUGGAGUGGAACCUGUGCAGCUUUACAUCUCCAUGGGUUUCCAAUCCAUUAGCCACAUUGUGGAAGAAAACAUGGUAGUUAGAUCUACAAUUUAUUUUUUUAAAUACAGAUUUGCAGAUACCGUAUGAGACCAAGCCGGGCUUUAUUGUGUCAACAAAUGAACUGGAAAUCGUGAACGCAAAACUCAUGAAAGGCACAUUUUUUGGCGAAGAAAUUGAAAACAAAGUUAGGCCGGCAACGUGACCGAGUGUUUCUAAACAUACUCGUCCGCACUCGCAAUCUAGAGGUCCAGGGUUCGAAUCCUACUUUCGCAUCACAGCUAGCUGGUACGCCGUUUUGUCGUUCUGAGUUAGAAUCGGAAGUCAUACUUGUAUAUAGCCCACUGGUUGCCUUCUACCAUUUGGGUUUUUAAAUUGUUAAGUUCUGUUUGUGUUAACCUUCAAGAUGAGUGGAUCGCUCACAAACUUGAUAAAGCAACUAAGUGUACUUCCACUACAAAAUAUUUAUAAUUUACUCUGUUUUGAGUUGACUCCGCGGAUAGUUUGUAAUAUUUCCCUUUUAUGUGAGGCCACAGAACAUUUCGAUCCUUGAUGGUUAGCUGUUUUGCAAAUUUGCCUCAUUACUUGUAACUCAGUCAUUCAUAUUGUGGGCUGUAAAGCCCUGGGCAGGGUUGUUCAAAGCUACAAAGGUUAAGAACCCAGGUCUGGAACGAAAUUGAAAUUCAGAAAUGAAUCUUUUAAAGCAAAUUCUUUUUUCUACAACUUGCUGUAUAAGAUGCUCUAAAAAGGAAAGAGAAAAUUAUCCGAGAAAAUGCCUUUGAACCUCGGGUUAGCGCCAAUCGGGCUUCGAGCAACUGGGCCUCAGGUUCAGAUUCACUAAAGUCGUUCCCACCCUCUCAACAGGAGUUUAAAGGCGACUUUUAUUUGCGUCAGUUUUGGAAGGACCCGAGGCUGGCCUACGGAGACAAAAACUGGACUCUGAUUCUUCAAGGAGACAUCUUAAAGAAACUGUGGUUCCCGGAUACCUUCAUCGAAAAUUCGAAGAAAAUCACUGUCCAUGAUGAGACAAAGACAGUGGUAUUGUUUGGUGAUGGAAAUGUCUUCUACUCUGUUAGGUAACAUAUAAGAAGCCCUCUACUGUGGUAGCACUCUUGUAGACCAUUCAUUACCCCCAAAAGACACCCUGUUCAAGACGCCAACUAGUAAAAUUGUAUACGCCCACUCUUUUAAAGAUCGCUUCAACACCCUCAAAACUAUACCCUGUUGAGUGGUACAUACCCUUCUAGGCCAUAAAUAAGGGAGUACUCUAUCCCCGGAUUGGUUGAGAUAAAGGUUUACAAAAUGGCGACCAUUUCAAAUAACGACGUCACUACCUGGCAUACGACAGAUAAUUUUCCACAAUAGGCGUAACGCGAAGAAGUACUCAUUAAAUGAAGUUGUGUAUUUCUUUUUUUGAAGGGUGACUGUCGAUGCUAUGGGAUUUAUGGAUUUUCGAAACUAUCCGAUGGAUGUGCAGACAUUUUUCUUUAGAGCCAUCAGUUGUGAGUAACAUCUAACUUUUUUUAGGCUAUUACUGAAGACGUAACAAAAUUCAGAACUGGGAGGAGAUUUUCGAAAUUUUCACAAAAACUUAUCACUGCCUGACGUACAAAAACGUACUGCCAUACAGCUAUUUCGAGAAAGGUUCUCGGAAAAAAUGUGCACGCGACAAUCCCGAAAGGUAAUAUGGGAUAUGAUCAAUAAACUGCUCCAAACGACAGUCGAACCUACUUUUGUUGCUUUCCUUUAGCACUCGCAAGCAUAUGUCCGUGGCCUCCUGGUGUCAUUCUUUCAAAUUUCUUCAAAGAACAUUGCACUCAAAACCACCCACAAUACCUUUCGGAAUCGUCGCAAAUGCUAAGCGCCCUAAGUUAACAUAAAUGCCCGCCGUUACCUAACGUGUUUGCAAUGUAAUUUAGUUUUUAAUCUUUUUUAGGGCUAUCGUUGUUAAGUUAGAUUUUUUUCUUACUCAUUAGCACUAAGCACCUCACGUACAAAAUGUUUACGAACGCCAUAAGGAAGUUUCAGGAGAAUGAUAGGAGGGAAUGAAUUUUAUUAUCACAUUUUGCUGAUUUCUUUUUCUAAGACAAAUGGAAAACGCAGAAAGGGCCCCCUAACCGCUGCUAACCCCCUGCACAUAUUCAUGGAUUACGGAAGAAGGUUAGGGAGACUGGUGUCGAACUUAUACUUUAACACACUGGAGUCAGCCGGCGUUCUAGGUUGAUUUCUGCAAAAGUUGAUCAGAACAAAACCUAGGACAGAAUCAUAGGCUUUGUGAAUAAUUUAGUUUUUUUCACACAGAUGGCUUUGACCUCACUCAGAUCAGAUAUAAGUGGAUAGAAGCAACACUAUACAGUACAGACAUGGCAGAAUUCUACGUCAUGAAUCAAACGCUCGCAAGUGGCAAAGUCAAGUACAUGCUGGGUAUGGCGGGCUCUUAUUGCACAUUUUAAGCUAGGAAAACCAGCAGCGUAAACUCUCCCGUAUCAUUCGUAUAAAGACUAGUAUGGAGCUAGGGCUUUUUUUGUAAUGCGGUAGGUACUUACUGAGAUGGAAGUAUCGCCCCCAUGCAAGGGAAUCCGGAUUCCGAAAUCUGGGAAACUUUUGCUGUUGCAAUCCGGAAUCCUGUUCUUUGGAAUGCGAAAUACAGAUUAAGGAAUCCGGAAUCCCUCUCAUGAUUUAGAUCCAUAAUCCGUGUUCCACUCGGAUUACCAUACAUAUGCGGAGAAGAAAAUAAGCAUUAAAAAAUUCAAUAGAGGAGAAACUCUUCUAAAAAGUUUGUUUUAAAACUACGCAAAAUUUUCCUUUUUAAGCUGAAACAUAUCCACAUUAUCUCGACCAAAAAUUGUUUCUAAGGAGACAAAAUGUAGAGAGAAACGGCUUAAUACAGAAAUUGACAGCAAAAGGGGAAAAGAGACUGGUAUAGUCGUAAGAAACAUUUUUUACUUUAAGGAAACGACUCAAAUAAACCUUGUUUGAAUUGUCCUUUCUUUUGUUUGUUUGACAAAUAUCAGGCUGGUUUGAGUAUCUCGAUGUCUCCUUCUACGUUCGAAGAAGAAUAGGUCAUUACGUCAUCCGUAUAUUCUUUCCCUGCAUUCUUUGCACGGUUGUCUCAUGGUUGCCAUUUUGGAUGGAUCGAAGCGAGAUUGGUGACCGCGGAGCCCUGGGUAUUACAACUCUUCUCACAGAAGUCUUCCUCCUUCAAUACACCAAUGCAAACAUGCCACGUGUCAGCUACGUGAAAGCCGCUGACCUGUUCCUGAUUGUAUCGUUUGCCUUCACAUUUUUGGCAUUAAUAGAGAGUGUUAUCGUGUAUAACUACAAGAAAAAGAGUCAAAAGUCUGAGGACACUCACGUGAAAGGUUCAACUGGAGGACGAGGACUGUUUUGUAAACGCAGCACAGUCGCUGUUCAGGAGGUAAGGCACUAAGGCUGAUAUGUGUCUGUGAUUUGCAUUCUAACAAAUUUAGAUUUUGCAGGAUGGAUCGACUUUCUGCGCUUGGUUUUCAUAUUUCGGUAAUCCCAGAGUCUGUACUAGACGCCAUCUUAAUUUAUGGGUAUUUUCACCAUGGCAGCACGUUGUUGAAGGCUUCGUGUAAUUUCUCCUCUUACUUCUCUAUGAUAAUGAUUCUUUUAUAUUUUCAGGUUCCCAAAACAGAUACUAUCUCAAACGGAUCACACAUUAAUCCCGUUGUGAUCACGGAGGUAAAACUGUGGUUUUAGUUAAUUGCCAAUUUUCGCAAUGGAAAUAAGGCUGCACAAUAUAACAUAUGCUUUUCCCUUGACACAGGCUUUCACAGAAACGCCCAGUCCGCAAGCUAAUCCUCCAAUGACUAAAAACCUCUGGGAGAAGCCAAGAAAUCAAGAAGAAAAAGACACCUGUCUUGGCUACACGGCAUCAGCAAAGUCAAAAAUUCAGGGCUGGUUUGCAAGUUGCAAGGGUUAUUUGUCCAAGCAAGAUCUCAGUUAUUUCAUCGAGAUGAGUUCUCGCUUGGCCUUUCCCGCCGUGUAUAUAAUCUUUAUUGUCUACUUUUUUGCAAAAUAUGGCAUCUAA